GGAUACUUCUGAUUCUUGCCAGUUACUUCCAAUAGAAUCAACAAACCUAGCAAACUCAGGAUCAUUUGCAUUACGUAUAGCGCUUUUUCCUGCACCUUUAACUAUGGGUGCUACUUGCCUAAAGUCUCCAGCUCCUAUAAAUGGUUUUCUUCCAAACGGUUCAUCGGUGCAACAGAUUUGUCUGAGGAGAAGGUCAACGCUCUCUAGUAUAGCCUUAUUUGCCAUUGGUAGUAUUCGAAAUAAUGAGUGGGCUGUGCGACCACCUUCAUAUAAUAAUGCUGCUAAUGCUGUGGUCCCACAUG